AUGCAUUCCAUCACCACCAGCGUCGCUGCUUUCGCAGCAGCCCUCUCGUCCGUCCCACUCGUCUCCGCCCACGGCUACAUUUCUGGCGUCGUAUCCGGCGGCAAAUACUACGAGAACACUUCUCCAGAAUGGGUCUACCAGAGCGCAAAGGCCGAUACCCCUGGCUGGUACGCGUAUGAUCAGGACAACGGCUACGUCGCUCCGACCGAGUAUAGCGACAACAACAUCACUUGCCACAAGGGCGCCACUGUCGGUGGCACUCCCAUUCCGAUGGCUGCUGGUAACAAGAUCGACCUUCAGUGGACCACCUGGCCCGAUAGCCAUCACGGGCCAGUCAUCACUUACAUGGCUGCCGUGGACGGGGAGGCAAGCAGUGCGGACAAGGCGUCCUUGAAGUGGUUCAAGGUCGCAGAAAGCGGCCUUGUCGAUGGGUCUGCUUCGCCCGGCAAGUGGGCUACUGAUACUUUGAUCGGUGAGAUCCGCAGACAGAAAAGAUCAAACCAUCUGUAUCGUGCUGACAGCUCUGCAAAGCCAACAACAACACCGCCAACUUCACCGUCCCGUCUUCCCUCAAGGCGGGCAACUACGUCGUCCGUAACGAGAUCAUCGCCCUCCACUCCGCGGGCCAGAAGAAUGGCGCACAGAACUACCCUCAAUGUAAGUCAACUCGCCUCUCUGGGUUCCUCUCCGCAACAACUGACAGUACUCCCCUUCUCAGGCAUCAACGCCAAAGUCACCGGCUCCGGCACCGCCGCCCCCACGGAUGGUGUCCUCGGCACUGCGCUCUACAAGUCGACCGAUGCUGGCAUCCUCGUCAACAUCUACCAGACGCUGGACAGCUACAAGAUGCCGGGUCCAGCUCUCUGGAGCGGUGCUGCUUCUGCUUCUGCUUCGAAGCUCAAGCGUCACUUCACGGCCUAA